GGGAGGGUGGCCAUUGGCUGGGGCGCGUGACUGGGCGGGUUGGGUCGGAGUCCGGGGCGAGCGGAGCUGAUGGCGGCGGAGUGGGACUCCGAGGGACGCGCGGCGGCGCGGCCGCUGCUCACCGAUCUUUACCAGGCCACCAUGGCGCUGGGUUACUGGCGCGCGGGCCGGGCGCGGGACCAUGCCGAGUUCGAGCUCUUCUUUCGCCGCUGCCCCUUCGGCGGCGCCUUCACUUUGGCCGCAGGGUUGCGCGACUGCGUGCGCUUCCUGGGCGCCUUCCGCUUGCGGGACGCAGACGUGCAGUUCCUGGCCUCUGUGCUGCCCCCGGACACAGACCCCGCAUUCUUCGAGCACCUUCGGGCCCUCGACUGCUCUGGGGUGACGGUGCGGGCCCUGCCCGAGGGUUCCCUCGCCUUCCCUGGCGUGCCGCUGCUGCAGGUGUCCGGGCCGCUCCUGGUGGUGCAGCUGCUGGAGACACCGCUACUCUGCCUGGUCAGCUAUGCCAGCCUUGUGGCCACCAAUGCAGCCAGGCUGCGCCUGAUCGCCGGGCCGGAGAAGCGGCUGCUGGAGAUGGGCCUGCGGCGCGCUCAGGGCCCCGACGGAGGUCUCACGGCCUCCACCUACAGCUACCUGGGUGGCUUCGACAGCAGCAGCAACGUGCUUGCUGGGCAGCUCCGGGGUGUUCCGGUGGCCGGGACCCUGGCCCACUCCUUCGUUACCUCCUUUUCGGGCAGCGAGGUUCCCUCUGAACCGAUUUUGGCUCCUGCUGCCGGUGAGGGCUCUGGGGUAGACCUGGCUGCCAGCGUAAAGGAGUGGCUGGAGCGCGUGUGUGCCCACCUGAGGCUGGGUGUGCAGGAGCCGCAUCCAGGGGAGCGGGCUGCCUUUGUGGCCUAUGCUCUGGCAUUUCCCCGGGCCUUCCAGGGCCUGCUGGACUCCUACAGUGUAUGGAGGAGUGGUCUUCCCAACUUCCUGGCAGUAGCCCUGGCACUGGGAGAACUGGGCUACCGGCCCGUGGGUGUGAGGCUGGACAGUGGUGACCUACUUCAGCUGGCCCAGGAGGUCCGUGGAGUCUUCCGGGCCACUGCAGCCCACUUCCAGGUGCCCUGGCUGGAGUCAGUCUCCAUUGCAGUCAGCAACAACAUUGACGAAGAAGAGCUAGUCCGGCUGGCCCAGGAGGGCAGUGAGGUGAACGUCAUUGGCAUUGGCACCAGUGUGGUCACCUGCCCCCAACAGCCUUCCCUGGGCUGCGUCUAUAAGCUGGUGUCUGUGGGAGGCCAGCCUCGAAUGAAGCUGACCGAGGACCCCGAGAAGCAGACGUUGCCAGGGAGCAAGGCUGCCUUCCGGCUCCUGGGCUAUGAUGGGUCUCCGCUGUUGGACGUGCUGCAAUUGGCAGAAGAGCCACCGCCGCAGGCUGGGCAGGAGCUGAGGGUUUGGCCUCGAGGAGCGCAGGAGCCCUGUAACGUGAGGCCAGCCCAGGUGGAGCCACUGCUAAAACUCUGGGUCCAGCAGGGACAGCUGUGUGAGCCGCUCCCAUCACUGGCAGAGUCUAGAGCUUUCGCCCAGCUGUCCCUGAGCCGCCUCAGUCCUGAGCACAAGCGGCUGCGGAGUCCUGCACUGUACCAGGUGGCACUGUCGGAGAAGCUGCAGGACCUGGUGGACCGUCUGCGUAGGGGAGGACCCCUGUGAGAAUCCAGGUGGUGGGGGUGCCUGGAGACAACACGAGUCACUUGUUGUCCCCCACAA